GCUGUGCCGCACGCAGAUUGCCCGUUUGUUUGUUUUAACAAGUUAAACAUAACGCCUCUCCAAAUUGCCGCAGGAUGUCGGAGGUCCGCAUUCGCCCGCGCCAGGUCCUGAUCCUGAUCAUCGUCUUCCUGGUGGUCCUGAUGAUGGUGCACCGGAACGGAAAGCGCACCUGCCAGGGUCCGGAGUACCUGCAGGCCAUGUUCGCCCAGGCGGACACGUUGCCCACGAUCUACGCCGUGACGCCCACGUAUCCACGACCCGCCCAAAAGGCGGAGCUGACCAGAUUGUCGCACCUGUUCAUGCUCUUGCCACACCUGCACUGGAUCAUUGUGGAGGAUGCCAACAGCACCACGUCGCUGGUCAGGAACCUGCUGGAGAGAGCCGGCCUGGAGAAGCGCUCCACGCAGCUGAACACCAAGACUCCGCCGGAGUUCAAACUGCAGGGCAAGGAUCCCAAUUGGAUAAAGCCACGCGGCGUGGAGCAGCGGAAUCUGGCCCUGGCCUGGCUACGCAACCACGUCGAUGUGGACCGGCACUCGAUCGUGUUCUUCAUGGACGACGACAACUCCUACUCCACGGAGCUCUUCGCCGAGAUGGCCAAGAUCCAGAGGGGUCGCGUCGGCGUCUGGCCGGUGGGCCUGGUCGGCGGACUGAUGGUGGAGCGACCCCUGCUCAACGAGGAGCGCACCCAGGUGACGGGCUUCAAUGCCGCCUGGCGACCGGAGCGCCCGUUCCCCAUCGACAUGGCCGCCUUCGCCAUCAGCAUGGACCUGUUCAUCCGCAAUCCGCAGGCCAUGUUCUCGUACGAGGUGCAGCGGGGCUACCAGGAGAGCGAGAUCCUGCGCCACCUGACCACGCGGGACCAACUGCAGCCGCUGGCCAAUGGCUGUCGGGAUGUGCUCGUCUGGCACACGCGCACCGAGAAGACCAAGCUCAACGCCGAGGAGGCGCUGCUCAAGAAGGGCCAGCGAUCCGACGGCGGCAUGGAGGUCUAACCUCCGCGAUGUAUACAUAGUAUACUUAGCCAGCCCCUCGCCUAGUGAAUUUACUUACUGUGUUCGUCUCCAAAAACUAUGGGGGUGUCACACUGUAUCUUUAUCCCACAUCAAAAUGUUCCCCCAAAGUUUAACUUCUUUGUCAUUUAACACAAAUAUCCUUAACUUUGUAAAAACUGGUUUAAUUGCAGCUCAAUUAUGUUAGGCAAAAAGACAAGCUUUGUAAAGUGCAAUUUUAUUUUAGGAUUUAGAUCGUUGUAGUUGAUGAAAUUAAAUUGACAAAGCAGGAGAUUACAAACCAAAGGAUAUUUUUUGUAACACCCCUGAGUAUUAGCGCAAAUUUGAUUUAUAAAAAUACUACUAGUUGUACAAUGCUCAAAUCAAAGUUGUAACAUAUCUGUGUAAGGUAGUCCCUAGUCUAUCAGCAUGAUAGUCAUCUUCAAACCGUAUCAGAUAUCAAAUCAUUUUACCUCAGAAAACGAAAGCCCCAAAUCGUGCCUUCCGUUUACAGUGCAUAAAACGAAUUUUCCGAAUAAAGUGGUACCCUUUUAAUCAUA